AUGAAGUUUUAUACAGUGCUGGCUUUGCUCUUAUCUGCUAUCUCAGCAGUGGCAGCUCCAGCAGAGAAAAGAGCAUCGGCGCCGACUGUUACAAUCGCCCAGCCUGCCGCAACAAUCAUCGGGUCGUCUUCCAACAAGGUCGACAGCUUCAACGGGAUUCCAUUUGCGCAGCCGCCAACUGGAUCGCUGCGCCUGAAGCCACCGAAGGCAAUUACGUCGUCUUUGGGCACUGUCAAAGCAACGGGUAUAGCCAAGGCGUGUCCACAGUUCUACUUCACGACCGACGAGAGUAGCAUCCCCACCUCGGCGCUGGGCCUGUUGGCGAAUACGCCCUUGUUCCAGGCCGUUACGAAUGCCGGCGAGGACUGCUUGACAGUGAGCAUCCGUCGGCCAUCGGGUGUUACUGCGAGUUCAAAAUUACCUGUCCUAGUCUGGAUCUACGGCGGCGGCUUUGAACUCGGGUCAACGCAGACAUACGACGGGACCAGCCUCGUGCAGUCAUCGAUAGACCUCAACAUGCCGAUCAUCUUCGUGGCCAUGAACUACCGCGUUGGCGGCUUCGGAUUCAUGCCCGGCUCGCAGAUCCUGAAAGAUGGGGCCGCUAAUCUAGGACUCCUCGACCAACGACUCGCACUUGAAUGGGUCGCCGAUAACAUCGCGGCUUUCGGCGGAGACCCGUCAAAGGUCACAAUCUGGGGCGAGUCCGCGGGCUCGAUCUCCGUCUUCGAUCAGAUGGCCCUCUACGACGGCGAUAAUACCUACAAUGGUUCCCCGCUCUUCCGCGCGGGUAUCAUGAACUCCGGUUCUAUUGUCCCCGCUGAUCCCGUCGACGGUACCAAGGGUCAGCAGGUAUACGACGCCGUUGUGAAGCAGGCCGGCUGCAGCACCGCUAGUGACACACUCGAGUGCCUCCGCGGAGUGGACUACACGAAAUUUCUCAAUGCCGCGAAUUCAGUCCCCGGCAUCCUGGGUUACAGCUCCGUCGCACUUUCAUAUCUCCCCCGACCAGACGGGAAAGUUCUCACGCAAUCGCCAGACCUCCUCGUCAACGCAGGCAAAUAUGCCUCUGUCCCAUUCAUUGUCGGCGACCAGGAAGAUGAGGGGACACUCUUCGCGCUUUUCCAGAAUAAUAUAACGACUACCGCCCAGCUGGUGGAUUACCUGAAAAACAUUUUCUUCCUCGACGCAUCGCGCGAGCAAAUCGAGGAACUCGUCGCCGCGUACCCCGACACUACGACAAACGGCUCGCCAUUCCGAACAGGGAUCUUCAACAACUGGUAUCCGCAGUACAAGCGCAUCGCCGCGAUCCUUGGUGAUCUGACCUUCACCAUUACCCGGCGGGUCUUUCUGUCCGCCGCGUCGAAGGUCAAGCCUGAUGUCCCGACCUGGUCGUAUCUCUCUUCGUACGACUACGGGACCCCGAUUCUGGGGACGUUCCAUGGGUCGGAUAUACUGCAGGUGUUUUAUGGGAUACUUCCGAACUACGCGUCGAAAUCGAUUCAUACUUAUUAUUUUAGUUUUGUUUAUGAUCUGGACCCCAACUCGAGGGCGGGAAGCUACAUGGAGUGGCCCCGGUGGAGCGAGGGGCAAAUGUUGAUGCAGUUCUUUAGUAAUCGUGGGACCCUCCUGGCUGAUGAUUUUCGGAAGGAUACGUUCGACUUUUUGGUUGAGAAUACUGCCUCGUUCUAUAUUUGA